UCUAGAUUCAACCGACCAGGGAAGAAUGGAAGAUGCGACAAAACGACGCAAGAGAAAGCGAGAGAAGUGUGAGUCAAGUAGUGGACUGUCGGUGAGGCGGUGCCCACCUUUGUCGGUAAUUCUGCACCUCCGCCUCCCAAGGCAGCUCGGCCACGGCGAAGCACAAACCCAGGGCUCUUCCACUGUUCCGGCCGAUGGCGCCACUACUGUGAGCGAUCUCCCUCUCGCCGAAUCCCCACGGCUGAUUCUUUGUCCCCCUUCCUCCAUGGACGCUGCUUCUCGGCCCGCAGUGAUCGUUGACAACGGCACCGGGUAUACCAAGUUGGGAUUUGCUGGCAAUGUAGAACCUUGCUUCACCAUACCCACUGUUGUUGCUACCAAUGAAUCCUUUUCAAAUCAAUCUAGAGGCCCUACUAAAGGAAAUUGGAUGGCACAGCAUAAUGCAAGUGUAAUGGCAGAUCUUGAUUAUUUAAUUGGGGAAGAUGCUUUACAGCGUUUUCGUGUUAGUAACACGUACAGUCUUAGUUACCCUGUUCGGAAUGGUCAGGUGGAGAAUUGGGAUGCAAUGGAAAGAUUUUGGCAGCAAUGUAUUUUCAAUUACUUGCGCUGUGAUCCAGAAGAUCAUUAUUUCCUCCUAACUGAAAGCCCACUUACUGCACCUGAGAAUCGAGAAUAUGCAGGAGAAAUCAUGUUCGAGACGUUUAAUGUCCCUGGGUUAUAUAUUGCUGUUCAACCUGUCCUUGCCCUUGCAGCCGGGUACACUACUUCAAAGUGCGAAAUGACAGGCGUUGUUGUAGAUGUUGGAGAUGGAGCUACUCAUGUAGUGCCAGUGGCUGAUGGUUAUGUGAUUGGAGGUAGCAUCAAAUCCAUUCCUAUUGCUGGCAAGGAUGUUACUCAAUUUGUUCAACAGCUUAUGAAGGAGAGAGGAGAACAUAUACCACCAGAAGAUUCAUUGGAAGUAGCAAGGAAGGUCAAAGAACUGUAUUGUUACACUUGUUCAGAUAUUGUGAAGGAGUUCAAUAAACAUGAUAAGGACCCUCGUAAGUAUACUAAGCAGUGGACUGGUAUUAAACCAAAGACUGGAGUAUCAUAUACCUGUGAUAUUGGAUAUGAGCGCUUUCUUGGUCCUGAGAUAUUUUUUCAUCCUGAGAUUUAUAGUAGUGAUUUUAUCAGUCCUUUACCUUCUGUCAUUGACAAGUGCAUCCAGUCGGCUCCAAUUGACACUAGAAGAGCUUUGUACAAGAAUGUGGUGCUGUCAGGAGGAUCAACCAUGUUUAAGGACUUCAACAGGAGAUUGCAACGAGAUUUGAAAAAGAUUGUCGACACUAGGAUUUUAGCCUCUGCUGCCCAGCUUGAAGUUGUAAAAUCUCAGCCUAUUCAAGUUAAUGUUGUGAGCCAUCCGAUCCAGAGACAUGCAGUUUGGUUUGGAGGUUCUAUACUUGCCUCUACUCCUGAAUUCUAUGGGGCUUGCCACACCAAAGCAGAAUAUGAAGAGUAUGGAGCCAGCAUUUGCAGAACUAAUCCCGUCUUCAAAGGAAUGUAUUGAAAUAAGAAAAUUGUCACAUUGAUCAAAGUUAAAGCUGGCUUCUCGCUGCUAAGCAACUAGCGACGGCAAAAUCACAUCGCACGGUGUUUCUGUUCGAGUACCUCACAUUUAAGGGCAAUUUAUCAAUCAUUUUCUUGCCAAAUUCAAAUAGUAGAGCAAUUUCUUAUCAAAUUAUACUGAAACAGUUGUAUGAAGUAUUGAGACUCAGUCACCUCCAUUGCAAAUAACAAUUUCAAUCCAA